UCUAAAAAACUGGUCGAAGCUCAUCGCCAAAACCUCCUCUUCUUUUCAAAAACUUUGCCUCCAUCUUCCUCAGUUCCUUCGUCUCCAUCGACCUCGAUUUUGCCUCCAUUUUCGCUCAAUCCAAGCACGGAAUUCGGAAGAAGCAGGUGGCGCUCUCGCUGGUCGGAAGCGUGUACGUAGCGUCGUCGCCGGCGGAUCGGACAUGGAUUGAGUGAAGAGGAAUCGGAUCCACGGGCAUCGGAGCAACAGCAGUCGGGCGGCGAGCUUUCCUGCAAUGGCGGCGGACGCGAGCUUGGCUGCGCUGUACGAGAAGCUCAAAGUGGAGGAUCCGUGGCUUCCUCCGAGGACUUGGGAAUCCAUCCCGUCGCAGAGCGGGCGCAAUCUUCAUCCCCGCGCCGGCGACCGCUCCGUCCGCCGGAGCCUCUUCGAUGUGAAAACCGUCUCUGAGGCGAGUUUGGUGAGGCUGGCGAUGAAUGCACUGCAAGGGGUGCAAUCGGCGGUCGUCAGUAUCGAGAAGCUAUCCGCUUCCUUUUGUUCUGAUCCGGCCGACCGGUCCUUCCACCGGAUCACCAGUCUCUGGAACCGGACUUCCAGCACUCAUUCUCUGGGGAUGAUUCUGAAAUCGAUUGGCCGUUCGGGCUGUCUAGUUUUCCUUCUCGGGAAGUUUGUGGAGUAUUUCGCGAAUUUGCAUCCGGAUAUCGGGCCAAUGAGAGUUAGGCAUGAGAUCGAAGGAGAAUUGGGGGGCCGAGAUAAAUGCCAUAUCGACAUCGAGAACGACGGGCAUCUUCAGGGCAGUCUUGUUAAUCAGGCAUUUGCAGUAGCCUUAGGAAAGAUCUUAGAGGGUUACACGUGCUCUUUGGACACUUUAUGUGCCUCAAUAAAUUUUAGGCGGUCAACCGAGGAUGCUCGGUUUCCUGCUGAUGCAUCUUCUGGAGUUGGAUGUCUGACAAAUGUGGUGCUGUCGGAUAUCUCACUAUUGGAGGUGCAUUCUCAUACGGAGGAACUGAGGACUAGGAUAGAAGCUCUUGGAAAUAUAUGUAAGCUGCACGUUGUUGCUCUUUGCUUCUCAGAAUUGCCUCUUGAAGAUCUACUUACUAAAACAACAGCAGAGUUUUGCAAGUUCCCCAGAGGUGGUGAUCUGCUUUCUUAUUUGCAUGAACAGUUGCAGGUUGCUGAUCCUGCUCAUUAUAUGUUACUUAAGUUUCUAUUUGUACGUUCUUGUGCUCCGUACCUUGGGUUUGUCAGAUCUUGGAUUUACCAAGCAGAAAUUAACGACCCUUACAAGGAGUUUGUUGUGGAAUAUGUCUCUGAUCCUGCAUUUCAUCCACCAUGUAAAGCUGGCAGUACACAUGUGGUAUGUGUUCAGGUGCAAGAAAAAGUUGCUGUUCCUUAUUUUUUAAGGAAAUCAUUGGUUCCACUUGUUCGAGCUGGGCAGCAGCUUCAAGUUGUAAUGAAACUAUUUGAAUUGUGUAACUAUGUUUCUCCUGGAAGCUACACCUUUGAGGAAUUUUUGCCCAAUUGGAAAGAUUUUUCGAGCAACCAUUCAUCCCGUGCAUCUGCUCUGACCUUCGACAAAGAAAACAUAGAGGAUCUUGUGAACGUGAGGAAUAAUUAUUACACUGAGAUGCAUGAAAAACUUGAGAAAUUCUUGACAAAGUUACAAGUCAGAUAUAAGCAGGUUGCUGCAUUCAACACUGUAUCUUUUGUCUCUUUAAGCAGUUGGGCAAGUUCAAAUGCUGCGGUUUCAUUGUUGCUGAACAACAGCUCUGGUGCUCCUGCCAUACCAGUCGAAGAGGGAUCGGCUCUAGUUACUCGCCAUAACAAUUCCGAUGACGAAGUAUGUGAGUCACCUGAUUGCUUAUCUUCAGAUAGCUCGGAAGAGAUGUCUGAGAGUGAGGAGCUGAUUGAACAGCCAAAUAAUGAAUCUCAUUCCGAACAAAAGUAUUUAUCUUCUCUAAGAUUCCUGUCAUGUACUCUAACUGCUAGUUCAUUGCGGGAAAACAAAGAUCCUAAGGAUAGGAAGAUUGAUUUGGAAAGAGAUUUUCAAGAAGCAGAUCUGCCAUUGGGUGUUGUCUCUUCAAUUAGUAAAUCAUAUCGUGUUGAGUUUGGGGACGGUGAUCGGUCAAAUUUAUUUGCAGAUCAGAUCACAAAUUCUCCACCUGAGGGUAGUUUUUCAGUUAGUGGCCUUUUAGAGGAUCCUAGUGUCGUUCAUCAAGGAUAUCCAGAGGAAUAUAGAUUAAAUGCACCAGGCUGUUUUGUAGGUUUAAGCAAAAGAACGUUGGAAUUUGCGGAAGUUAUGCCAUUUUUCAGAGGAAAUGCAGCCACCAGCACUGUUUUGACUGACAGGACCUUAUGCACGAAGGAGAAUGGCAUUGGGACUCGUUCUUCUUCCAUACUAUGCAUGUUGCAGCCUUUAGACAUUAUCAAUCGUCGUAAUUUUCUCAGCAUGAAUCCUGUGCUGCCCAAAAUCACCCAUACUCCCUUGAAAAAUAAGUCUGGAGUGAAGGACAGCAUAUAUGGUGGACAAUUUUUGCCUUGCUUUGACUUCACUUCAGUAGAAGACCCUUUUAAAAUUUGUCUUGACAAGUUAGACACCAUUUCUAAAUAUCAACGUGGUUCUGAGCCACCAUUUUUCGGGAAUUCCAGUGCUUCGACAAUUGGUAUUAAGAAGCAUCGCCGUGGUGAAGAAGAGCAUGGUCUUGAUAGCUUAGUCAUUGCUAAUAAGAAAGGGUCAUGCAUAUCCUCACCUCUGGGUUCAAAGGGCCAAUAUCAUUAUGCAGUUUUAACGAAUGUUUCGGGUGGAAGCAGUUGGGAGACUAUGCUGGGCAGUUGCAGAAACAACAGCACUACCGGUGUCAGAGACCAAGGAGAACAUUUGUCAGCGAAUUUCAAAAUACCACUUGAUAUAGUCAUUGAAAAAUGCAUAUUGCAGGAAAUCUUGCUUCAAUACAGGUACGUCAGCAGAUUGACAAUCAAGUUGCUUGAAGAAGGUUUUGACUUGCAUGAACAUUUGCUUUCUUUACGGCGCUAUCAUUUCAUGGAAAGAGCAGAUUGGGCAGAUCUUUUCAUCAUGUCACUUUGGCAACAUAAGCAGUUCUCUAUAGGCAUAGAUCGAAGUGUUUCAGAUGUUCAAGAGCUUCUUGAGAUGUCAAUUCAGAGGUCUUCAUGUGAAGGAGACAACAAUAAGGAUAGGUUAUUUGUUUAUACUAAAGAAAAUGACAGAUUGCCUCAGUCAACUGCAAUCGGAGUCCAUUCUUUUGACUUUUUGGGAUUAGGAUAUCGUGUGGAUUGGCCAGUCAGCAUCAUUUUGACUUCAGCUGCACUGAAUAUAUAUUCUCAGAUAUUCAAUUUUCUGAUAAAAGUGAAGCUUGCUGCAUUCUCAUUAAGUAAUGUAUGGUGCUUGUUGAAGGGUGCAAAGCAUAUUAGUCAGAGUGGUAAAUGUGAACUGCAAGCUGGGGAAGUUAAUCAUUUUACUAUCUUGAUGAAUAUGAGGCACCAGUUGAAUCAUUUCGUAUCCAUGUUACAACAAUAUGUGCAGUCCCAGUUAUCUCAUGUUUCGUGGUCUGGUUUUCUCCAUUCCCUUCAACAUAAGGUCAAAGAUAUGAUGGAUCUUGAGUCAGUGCAUUUGGAAUAUCUUGCCGAAUCACUUGACAUCUGUUUUCUGUCUGAAGAGACGCGGGAUAUUGGUGGCAUAAUACGAAAUAUUUUACAGUGUGCCAUGGACUUUCGUGGCACCUUAUAUGGGGGUGCAUGGAGUACAGGAGGACAAGUAGACCUAUCAGUUAAACAACCUAUCAUUAAUUUUUCCCAGGUGGGUGCUACAAAAGAAACUUUUGAGAAAAACCUGAAGGAAUUGCACCUUAUAUAUCUUAGGUCAGCCAAACACGGGAAAUUCGGGCUCUCUAAGUUAUGGAGCUAUCUUAAUUACAAUGACUAUUUCACGAACUCCAGUACUCAACAUGCUGUCUUAUGGUAAUCUCUGUGCCGAGCCAAUCCCUUCGACUGGCAAAUGCGAAUCCUAAGAUGCCUACAUUGAUAUCACAGAAAAAAUUGUGUUCGCCCGAAUGCCUUGCGUAAAGCAUGUACUGUUAAUAUAUUCCGCUAUUGCGAAGCAUUUAAUCUUCAUGAUAUAAUUGAAGAUUGAUGAUGUAUUCUUCACAAA